GCUUCCCCAUGCACAGGGAAAGAGUGAAUCACUGCUUUCGAGGAGGAGUCCUACCGAGCACACCGUUCUCACCCAAGCCGACAAACAGCCUAGCUCAUCACUCAGGACAGGGAAGGACAGACACAGAGCAGACUAACACACACAGUCAGGUCUUACUGGGGCUUUUUUUUUCUCCCCACACCAAUCUGCAGGUGAAAUCGCACGUGAGCGCAAGUCAGAGCAAAGUUUCUGAGAGAGUUUGAGACUAAUUAGCGCAGGUGAAGUUUUGAGAUUGGGCAGAGUGAGAGCGAGAGAGAGAGGAGUGCGCACAUGGCUGCUCUGAUUAGCGCAUACUCGACAUGGCCGGAGAGCUUCGAGUGCGCUUCCACGGAUGGAGACGCAGCCGACGGCCGCACGAGCCACCGAGCAGCGGCGGAUAAAACCCCCGAGCCCCGCAUCCGCAGACCCAUGAACGCCUUCAUGGUGUGGGCUAAAGACGAGCGCAAAAGACUGGCGGUGCAAAACCCGGACCUUCACAACGCAGAGCUCAGCAAAAUGCUGGGUAAGUCAUGGAAGGCCCUGACUCCCUUGCAGAAGAGGCCGUAUGUGGAGGAGGCUGAGAGGUUGCGGGUGCAGCAUAUGCAGGACUACCCCAACUACAAGUACCGUCCUCGUCGGAAGAAGCAGCUGAAGCGAAUCUGUAAGCGUGUUGACCCAGGCUUCCUCCUGCCCGGCAUUGGCCCUGACCAGAGCUCUCUGUCAGACCCGCGAGGUUGCUGUCACCCCCUGGACAAAGAAGAAGAGAGUACUGUCGGUGGGAGCAGUGGAUUCUCUUCCCCCAGUGCAACUUUGCCUGGUGUGAGGGUCUUCAGGGACCCUGCAAACUCCAGCAGCAAUUUUGACACAUAUCCUUAUGGCCUUCCCACUCCACCUGAGAUGUCCCCUCUUGAUGUGGUAGAUCAUGAGCACCCGUCCUACUACUCAGCAUCCAGCUCUGUCCCCCCCACCAGCUCCUGCUCAUCCUCUGCUUCGGGCCCAGAGGAGCAGCGUCCCACCCCAGCUCACAUGGGCAGCCCUCCUCCGUACCACCCCGAGUACUCCCAUCAGUCCUCUCUCCACUGUGGUAGCACACAUCUGAAUCACAUCCCCAUGCCACACCAAUGUAGUGGAUCCAACCUUAUUCCCACUCCUCCACUGUCCUACUACAGCACUUCGUUCUCUCAAGUCCCAGUGCACCAUGGCCUCCAGGGCCACUUAGGGCAACUCUCACCCCCACCUGAGCAGGGUCACUUGGAGACGUUGGACCAGCUGAGCCAGGCUGAACUGCUGGGUGAGGUGGACCGCGAUGAGUUUGACCAGUACCUGAACUCCACCAACUAUCACGCUGAACAGGGCAGCAUGACCGUGACAGGACACAUCCAGGUAACACCAGCAUCUUCUUGCCCCAGCAGCACCACAGAAACCAGUCUCAUCUCUGUACUGGCCGAUGCAACGGCCGCCUACUACAACAAUUACAGCAUUUCUUAAAGAGUGAAACAAACCAAUAGACAAUAAUUUAAACGUCAAUACAGACAAAGCCCAUGGACUUCAAAUGGGUCAGCAGUGUGAUUGGCAGAUGAACAAAGGAGGAGUGAUGUAAAGAGGAAAGGAGAAGCUGCAGGACAUGAAUGGACACCUCAGGGAUGCAUAGAUAAAUGCUCUAAAGUUCAUACCCAUCUUUGUUUCCAAAAAGAGAGAGGAUGAGAAUAAAGUGACUGGACUAACUGUUAGUCCUGCUGAAACGUUCUCAGACUUUGCCAGAGAUGCUUGUAUAUUUGCUCUACAGCUUAUUUAUGUAUCUAAAUGUUUUGCAUUAAUCCAUAUUGUAUUGCUGUUUUUUUCCUCUAAUAAUCAUAUCUUUAAUACAAACCUCAUUUUUUUUACCUCAAGGCACCAUAUUUAAAUGAGAUUGGACUCUUCUGCAAAUUUUUUUUCCAUCGGACUUGGUGUUUCAUGAAGGAAAUUCUGUAGUCUCCCUUUUCUAUCCACAUCCAUAUGAAUAUAUAUUAUACUCAUAAAAUGUUACCAAGAAAAUAAUAAUAAUGAAUAUUAUUGUAUGCUGAUUUAGGUUUGUGGCAUUAAUUUAAUUUGAAUAAAAUACCAAAUUUCUAAUUUGAUAUCUCCACGCAUAUCAUUGCGAUAUCUAAGAUUGUAGCUCAUAAAGAAAGCUGAUGUAUAGUAAAGAUUGGGAUGCUUGUAUGAUCGUUAUGAAGGACCGGGCAUUGGCAUUUUUCCUUGACAAACUGCAUUGUGUAUGUCGAAGUAAACACAGCACAUUGACAAUGUUUAUUGUUUUGGACGACCUGAAAAAUAAUGCUUUGUAGAUGCUCUAGCGUUUUGUGAAAUGUUAAAAUGAAUGUUCUGAGAAGCCAGACAAAGCAGGCUCCAGUGAAUAAAAACAACAUUUAAACACA